AGCUAGAAGCUGGCUAAUAUUUACAAAGUAGAUAUUCAUUUAAGUACGUUUCAGAGUUUCCCGCUCAUACUGUUUACUCCUUGCUGCUCUGUCAAAUCACACGACGGGGAAAAAAAUACACAGUGACGAAGUUUCGUAUUUGGCCAUUAAAUGAGAGCUCAUGGAGAAAAGCUUCAGUCAGUGGAAGAAGCAGUGUCUGAACAAGCUGGACCUGAGUAAGAAGGGCAGUGUGGAUGAAGACAUUGUCCAUGUAGUGUCUCUGCUCAACAGCUGUGAGGAGUACUUCACCACCAGCUCCUGCUCCGGCAGAGUCAUCCUCACUGACGGGGCUCCAGAGAGCAGUGCUGUCCAGAAACAGAACUGUGUCUGGCUGUUUGUCUCACACCACAAAUGCAAAUGUGAUGAACUGACGUCUGCUCUGGCCAAGUCCACUGGAGAUGCUGUGUUGAAAUUCGAGCCCUUCGUCCUCCAUGUUCAGUGUCGCAGGCUGGAAGAUGCUCAGCUGAUGCACUCUGUGGCUGUCAACUCAGGCUUCAGGAACUCUGGUCUCACUGUCAGCAAGACAGGAAAGAUCAUCACGGCAGUCCGUAGCACCCAUGGCCUGGAGGUUCCUCUCAGCCACCAAGGAAAGCUGCUGGUAGAACAAGACUACAUUGAUUUUCUUACUCAGACAGCCAAUCAAAAGAUGGAAGAGAACCUCAGACGGAUCCACAGGUUCUACCAGAAUCUCCAGGCUGCUCUGACUGCAGAUAAACUACAAAAACUACAAAUCCCAGAUCCUCCCAACUCACAGGAACUUAAAGAUCCCUCUCAGAGACUGGAGACAGAAAAGGGAGAAAAAGGAGAGGAGGAUGAGGAGGAGAAGAGAAGCAAAUCAAGUGUUUAUAAACGGAGGCGAAAACGAGGACAGCAAAAUCAGACUGUCGGUCGCCAUGGUGACAGAGACAGCAGUGUGCCAGAGCUGGAUGAUUGUCUGGAUCUGUUUACAUGAACUAGUGGCUCUCUGGGUCUGGAGCUCAGUGUAGCAUUGAAUGUUUUGUUGCUCGAAUGCAGAGCGAACUAGCAUUUGGUAUUUUGUCUUAAAAAGGACUCAAAUCAACAUAUUGGUUAUCAAAAUAGUUGGCAAAUUGUUACAGCUCUAGAUAUCAUAUUUAAUGUCCACAUCCACGCAAAGAACAGACUGAAAGAGACUGCACACAGAUCUGCACUCUUCUUCUGAGAGUUGUAGGCAGUCAACUGAACAGUGAGCCGAUUCUACUUUUAUUUCUUCUGUCCUACCAGAUAGCUAACAGCUGUCUGCAGAUAUCAGACUGAUCACAAGACACACAAACAUAAGGAGAGGAUGAUUUUGUGAGAAUACUUUUCUGCUCUGUCUCUGCUGAAAUUGUUUCUUAGAGUGAAUGUGACGGUCCAGAGAUGUGUAGAAUAACCUGUUUGUUUAGAAUAAUAUAUAUAAUGACAGCCUUGCAGGUGGUGCCAAUUUAUGUUCUUAACUGUUUUGCACAUGAAGUCCUAAAAUAUAAUGUUUCAGUCAUGUUUUAGUUUCCCUGCAUUUGUGGGAGUUGGCUCUUUUGUUACUGUUUGUUCUGAUUAUUCAUUCAUUAAGAGAGCAGGAGACUGUAUAUCACCAUGGUAACCUAUGUAGCAUGUCUAAGCUGCUCCGGAGCAGGUUCAGGCAUGAAGAUAAUGUUAUUAGUAAGCAGUAAUUACAAUUUGAUCCAAUCAGCUCCCUCGA